CAGUCCUUCAGCUCGAGACCGACCGCACCCACCCAUCCCUCUCCAGUCUACAAAAUCAACCACAACAAGAAGAUGCCUUCCACCGCCACCCUCCACUACUUCGACGACCCCGGCCGCGCUGAGGCUACCCGCGUCGCGCUCGCCUACGCCGGGAAGGAUUUCGAGGACAACAUUAUGGGGUUCCCCGAGUACGGUGCCUCCAAGUGGGCGGGCAUAGGCCUGCCUGUCUUGGAGAUGGACGAUGCCGAGUACACCCAGUCGACCGCCCUCCUCCGGUAUGCCGGCAAGCUGGGAGGCCUGUACCCCGACGACGCGCUCGCCGCCCUCAAGGUGGACGAGAUCGUGAUGAUCGCGGAGGACGUGAUGGCCAACAUGUUCAAGUGCGUGGACCAGAAGGACGACACCAUGGCCAACGGAUUGCUCGAGGGAAAGAUCAAGACCCUGGUGGAAAUGCUCACGUCAAGGCUUGCGGCUAACGCGUCCUCAAAGUUCUUCGUCGGCCAUCCCCCCACCAUCGCGGACCUCCAGGCACGUGUGCACGCCGUGAUCAAGAACUUCGAAGCGAACUUCCUGACGGGUCUCCCCACGACCCACAUCGCGGACACCGCUCCCACGCUCAUGGAGAUGCAGGCCGCCCUCUUGGAGGACCCCAAGCCAAUCACAGGUGAAGGCGUACUACGCUUCCAAGGCGUGAACAUACGCCGGAUGAUAGAGGAAAAAGGGCUUCACCCACUGGCGACAGUUGGCAUGGCCGAGGACAUUUGA